CUCUAUACUAUAUAUUAUAUAUUUCUGGCGCAUUGAAUUUGCAUUCUCAAGAAGCACAGAAAGAAGAAGAAGAAGAAUUUGGAAAAAUGACUGUUCAUUAUCUGGCCAUGGAAACCCUAAGCGAGAGGGCCUCAGUCAUGAGAGAAUCCCUCCACAAGAGCCAAACCAUCACCGAGAACAUGGUCUCCAUUCUCGGCUCCUUCGAUCACCGUCUCUCUGCCCUCGAAACCGCCAUGCGCCCCACUCAGAUAAGGACUCAUUCGAUUCGAAGGGCACACGAGAACAUUGAUAAGACGCUCAAGGCUGCUGAUGUUAUCUUGGGCCAAUUCGAUCUCUCGCGCCAGGCGGAGGCUAAAGUAUUGAGAGGGCCACAUGAGGAUUUAGAAAGUUACCUUGAAGCAAUUGAUCAGCUGAGAAGCAUUGUUCGUUUUUUCAGCGGUAACAAAAGCCUUAGAAGUAGUAUCGGGGUGCUUAACCAUGCCAAUAACUUACUAGCUAAGGCUAUCUCCAAGUUGGAAGAUGAGUUUCGACAGCUCUUAACCUCUUACAGCAAACCUGUGGAACCUGAUCGUCUUUUUGAUUGUCUCCCCAAUUCUCUGCGACCAUCGUCUGGAUCGCCUGGUCAGGGUGAUGCUAGUGGCAAGAAACCAUCUUCAACCAACGAGAAUCAAAAUAAAAGCUUAAAAACUUUUAUAUACACACCUCCAACUCUCAUUCCACCCAGGAUUUUGCCAUUACUGCAUGAUUUAGCUCAACAGAUGGUUCUGGCUGGCCACCAACAGCAACUGUUUACUGUUUACAGGGACACUCGUGCUUCAGUUUUGGAACAGAGCCUCAAAAAACUAGGUGUGGAAAAGCUUAGUAAAGAUGAUGUCCAAAGAAUGCAGUGGGAGGUUUUGGAGGCCAAGAUUGGUAAUUGGAUUCAUUUUAUGCGGAUUGCUGUCAAAUUACUAUUUGCUGGGGAAAAGAAAGUAUGUGAUCAAAUAUUUGACGGUGCUGAUUCUCUCAGAGAACAAUGUUUUGCUGAAGUUACUGCAAACAGUGUUUCCGUACUCCUUAGUUUUGGAGAGGCCAUUGCCAAAAGCAAGAGGUCACCUGAAAAACUAUUUGUUCUUUUAGACAUGUACGAGAUAAUGAGAGAAGUUCUGCCAGAGAUCGAGACAAUUUUUAAAGGUAAAUAUUGCACCGAGAUGCGAGAAUCUGCCUCAAUUUUGACAAAGCGUCUGGCUCAAACAGCCCAAGAGACUUUUGGCGAUUUUGAAGAAGCGGUUGAAAAAGAUGCCACGAAGACUGCUGUUCUAGAUGGAACAGUCCAUCCUUUGACUAGCUAUGUGAUAAAUUACGUGAAGUUUUUGUUUGACUAUCAAUCGACAUUGAAGCAGCUUUUCCAAGAGUUUGACAGAGGUGAUGCAGAUGCCCAGUUGGCAUCUGUAACAACGCGGAUAAUGCAGGCUCUUCAGACUAACCUGGAUGGUAAAUCUAAGCAGUACAAGGAUCCUGCAUUGACUCAUUUAUUUCUUAUGAACAACAUGCACUAUAUUGUCAGAUCUGUGCGCAGGUCAGAAGCAAAGGAUUUGUUAGGUGAUGACUGGGUGCAAAUUCACCGAAGGAUUGUCCAGCAGCAUGCAAAUCAGUACAAGAGGAUUUCUUGGGCCAAGAUACUGCAGUGUCUUUCCGCUCAGGGCCUUUCUUCAUCAAGCGGUGGUGGUAUGGAUAGUGGCAGCAAUAGUGGAGUUUCCAGGGCAACGGUGAAAGAUAGGUUCAAGUCGUUCAACAUUCAGUUUGAGGAGAUUCAUCAAAGGCAAUCGCAAUGGACGGUUCCUGACAGUGAGCUGCGAGAGUCUUUGAGGCUGGCUGUCGCUGAGGUUCUUUUGCCUGCCUAUAGAUCUUUCAUUAAACGUUUUGGGCCUCUUAUUCAGAAUGGAAAAAAUCCCACUAAGUACAUCAGAUACGGUCCGGAGGAUCUUGAACACAUGUUGGCUGAAUUUUUUGAAGGAAAGACCUGGAAUGAACCAAGACGGUAAAGAACUAUUUUUGUUGAAAACUUGUAAGUGGAGGUGUUCACUGGCGAAGUUAUUCAUUGUACAAUGAUAUGAUUCAAUAAUCUUGGAUGGAGUAUUCCUUUCCCACUUGUAUUUUUUUCUUAUCGAGUUCUGUUUUAACUCUA